CGGGCGGGCGGGCGGCUGCUGCUGGGAGCCGUGCUCGUCAUGGCGACUUACGUGAGCGAGCUGGAGGUGGCCAAGAAAAACUUAAGCGAGGCUUUGGGCGAGAAUGUAAAGCAAUACUGGGCUAAUUUGAAGCUGUGGUUUAAGCAAAAGAUCAGCAAAGAAGAGUUUGACCUGGAAGCUCGAAGGCUUCUCACACAAGACAAUGUCCACUCUCACAAUGACUUCCUAUUGGCUAUUCUCACACGAUGCCAAAUCUUGGUUUCUGCACCUGAGGGUGCUGGUUCUCUACCAUGGACAGGGGGUUCUGCAACAAAACCUGGCAAGCCCAAGGGGAAGAAAAAGUUUUCUUCCGUUCGGCAGAAGUUUGAUCACCGGUUCCAGCCUCAGAAUCCAUUGUCAGGAGCCCAGCAGUUUGUCGCCAAGGACCCACAAGAAGAUGAUGAUCUGAAGCUCUGUUCGCAUACAAUGAUGCUUCCCACUUGGGGCCAGCUGGAGGGAAGGAUGAUCGUCACUGCUUAUGAGCACGGCCUGGAUAAUGUCACUGAAGAAGCUGUGACAGUUGUUGUCUACGCCGUGGAGAAACAUCUUAAGGAUAUCCUUACAUCUAUAAUAUCAAGGCGAAAGGCCUACCGACUGAGAGAUGGUCACUUCAAAUAUGCCUUUGGAAGCAAUGUCAACCCACAGCCUUAUCUGAAGAACAGUGUAAUUGCUUACAAUAAUUUAACUGAAUGCCCUCCCACCUGCUUGGCACCCCCUCCUGGUCAAAAUCUUGCUUCCCACCCACCUCCGGAUGAUGCUGAGCAGCAGGCAGCCCUCCUCCUGGCAUGUUCUGGAGACACGUCACCAGCAACUCUGCCACCCGUGAACAUGUAUGACCUCUUUGAGGCACUCCAGAUCCACCGAGAAGUGGUCCCUGCUCACACUGUCUACGCCCUCAAUAUUGAAAGAAUCAUCUUGAAACUCUGGCACCCAAACCACGAGGAGCUGCAGCAAGACAAAAUCCAUCGGCAGCGGUUGGUUGCAAAGGAAGGACUCCUGAUGUGCUGAGUGAGGCAGCAGCCAGUGGCCACCAUUGGCUAUGGGCUGAGCUAAUAUUUCUUGGACUUGCGAGUUGGGCAUUUUGACUUUGGGAUCACAGAACUUGCAAUGUUGUGCCAGUAUUUCCAAGUGGAAAUGUGGACAUCUUUCCUAUGGAAAUCUGACUUGGAAAACCUGAGUGUAUCAUGUUUGCUAUCAGAAAGCCAUAUUGCAUAAAGAUUGCCUUGACUGCUUUAAGGGCCUGGCUGCCUUGCUGAGGCACUGGCCUUUUAACCAAAGUGAACAGCAUUCAUUCAGAAAAUAUUUUUGCGUACCACUGGAAAAGGGAAAGGGACAUUGUUUGCUACAGAGAGCCCGUUUCUGUUACUGUUCCCUUCAUGACAUGAAGGAUCAUGAUCAGCCAAUUCCUGCACUACAGAGAUGGACAGAGACUGGUUCUUAAAGUCACCAAGUAUUAGGGUUGCAGUUCGGGCCACUGGCUUGGGCUGUCUUUGCAGCCAUAUAGGUGAACAUGACAAAGAGCUGUGUUAGUUUUUAUUUGCAUUUGUUUUUGUUUGCAUUUGUUUUGUACAAUGUAGAUUUAUGAUAGAGGGGAGAAAUCUUGAUCCAUGUAAAUAAACUUGCU